ACUCGACCUCCCACCAACACCGUCGCUAUAUUCGCUCAUUACUUCGUUUCCACACAGAAGUAGACAGAAAUGUCAGAUUUUCGUUCGUGUCAGCUAACCCGGCUCAGCUUUGGAUUGUGGGCGAUGUAGCGGGGUCGUUUGUUCUAGAAAAGUCGUGUUAGUGUCGAUGCAGCGGGUAAUUACGAUGGUUUCUGUCAGGGAGGUCUUGCUAGCUGUUAACAGCUAGUUCCCAAGUUAGCAAUCAGAAGAUGGAAGCUAGCUUUCAGCAAUGGAUAACCAGCACUAAUAUAAGCUAACUGAGUGUUAAUAAAUAACCCAGGUAGCAUCAGAUGCUCUGCUAUAAACCCGCCUGAUAGAUAGCAAGCACAUCUUCAGAAAAUAAAGAUGGAGGAAGUGGACAAAAUUUUGAUUCACGCCCUCAAACAAGUCGGCACUGAGGUGAGCGAGGAGGUGGACAGCGUCAAACAGUUCACCAGUGAGCUGAUAGUGGAGGCAGUGGUCAGAUGUAUCCGGGUCAUAGACCCUGGCCUGGGCGGCGGGCUGCCUACCUCCCUCCCUCCAGGGAUGUCCGCCCGCUUCAGGGUGGGAAUGAGCCUGGCACAGGCCUGCCAGGACAUUGGCUAUAAAGGAGAAAUCGGCUAUCAGACGUUUCUGUACAGUAACGAGCCUGAGAUCCGCUCCCUGCUCAUGUUCCUGGUGGAGAAGCUGCCUAGAGAGAGCGCCGAGACCUCGGACCAGCCAACAGGUAAAUCAGUGGUCCUUCAGAGAUCCAUCGCCACCGCCAUCAAAGCCCAGCUGUCCGUGCCCUGGCUGCCCCCAAACUGCAGACUGCCUCUCAACUGUGAAACACAAAGUCCAGGAGAAUUGCACAGCUUCCACGUCCAGCCGCUGAGUUUAGCACACUGCACUAAAGGUUCAGGAAAGAAGCUGCUGAAAGAGGUCAAAGACUACCAGCGGGACCUUCUUCCUCCUGUGACCGCCCAGCCUUCCCAUCAUGCCUCUGUGAUGGCAUCUAUACUGGAGCAGCACACGGCUGAGCUGAGCGCUGCUCAGGAGUGGGACAACGAGUGGAACAGUCAGGGACUCCUGUCUCGUCUCACACCACAGGAGUAUCGCUCCAGGAAACUGGCCCGGCUGCGUAAACGCAUCGAGGAGCAGCUGCGCUCUGCUGCUCUACCCUCUCCUGAAAGUGCCUUUGGCGGUCCUUGCUCCACGUCUGACCUGUCCGAGCUGCUGCAGGCCUUCAGAGGUUCUGCCCCCUCCGACCACAUCCUCACCAAGGGCACCCACUUCACCCACACGCAGAAGUUCACCUUCACACAGGAGGCGACCCCGGUAACGAGCCCCCUCCCCAUCGGGCCUCAGUCAGAGAGCGACAUCCAGCUCCGUCAGCAGGAGGAGCUGACUUCUCUGCAGCAGCAGCUCCAGCAGCUCUGCAGCGAUGUGGACCAGCUCGCAGCAGACCUGAAGCACAUGAGUGUCACUAAUACACAGGUGUUGGAUGAAUUUAAGCAAAGAGAAGUGGGAAACUCUGAGAAAGAGGAGAAGAUACAGGUGAAGAAGAAGACGAUUGAUCUCCUGCCAGACGCGGACGAAAAUCUGCUAAAGCUUCAGGCUCUGGUGGAGGCCAGCGCUAAGCGGGUGGUGAACCUGGCCGCUCAGUGGGAGAAACACCGAGCUCCGCUUAUAGACGAGCACCGCAGACUCAAAGAGAUCUGCAGCAACCAUGAUCUGGAGUCGUCCAGGAAGUUGACAGAAAUCAAAUCUCUGCAUGAUAAAAUCCGUGUUUCUACAGAGGAGGCCAAGAAGAAAGAAGAAAUCUACAAACAGCUGGUAACAGAGUUGGAAAAUCUGCCUCAGGAUGCAUCUCGGUCCGCGUACACUCAGAGGAUUCUCGAGAUCGUCGGCAACAUCAAGAAACAGAAAGAGGAAAUCACUAAGAUUUUAUCAGACACUAAAGAGCUCCAGAAAGAAAUCAACAAUCUGACGGGGAAACUGGACCGGACUUUCGCUGUGACCGACGAGCUCGUCUUCAAGGACGCCAAAAAAGAUGAAUCCGUUCGCAAAUCCUACAAGUACCUGGCUGCCCUGCAUGAAAACUGUAGUCAGCUGAUCCAAACCAUCGAGGACACUGGGACAAUUCUGAGGGAGAUCAGAGAUCUAGAGGAGCAGAUCGAGACAGAAAACAGCAACAAGACGGUGGCUAACCUGGAGAGGAUUCUGGACGACUACAAGGCGAUCCGACAGGAGAACUCCGCGCUCGCUGCCAAAGUGAGGGAGGGCUGAAGGAAGCUCCGGUUCUCUCCGCUCUGCCUGCUGAGGCUGAAUGAAACUGAAACAGCGCCGCAGCUUACACACAGAAGAUCCAGCUGUUCAUUAACCCCGCCCUCUGAUGGAGACCGAACCGUUGUUUGAACCGAGCCAGCGUUUGGACGAACGAGCCGAGUGGAUGGACGGAGACGAUCUUCCUGUCAGACUGACGGCUGUGGCCGGACUCCCUGAGGGUCCUCAUGCUGGUCUGAUGCUGAAUGAAACACUGGACAGCAGAGGGCGCUGUCAGACCUUUUCUCUUAAAUGUAAAGUCAUUCAUAUCAAUGUAUAAAAUGUUUUCAUAAGAUAUUCUUGAUUAAAUUUAAAUCUUUGACUUGGAAUUUUUAAUACAGGAGUUAGUCCACGGUUUUCAGACGUUAGCGCUCCCUUUGUGGUCAUGAUUCUAUUUGAACCAAGUAUGAUGAGUGAAUGGCCUUUUGAAUGUAAUCCAUUAACAAUGUCGUCCAGCCCCUUCAGCAGAGUAUUGUUGUAUAUAUGGUACCAGCUUAAAUAAAGAUGCCUUACAGAC